AUGGCCGAACAGCAGCAGCGUGACUCGCUGUGUCCACGGUUGAUCGACUAUCUGGCGAUAGUGGGCGCCCGGUCGGCGGUCGUAACCCGACCCGGCGGCAACAACCCGUCGUCCGGUGCCGCCGGAAGCAACGUUCCGGGAAUGCAAGCAGCUGGGUCACACUCGGCCCCACCGGUGCAGAUACCGGAGCUGCUGCGGCGUUAUCCCCCGACGGACCACGCGGACUUCCCCCUGCCGCUGGAUAUGGUUUAUUUCUGUCAGCCCGAAGGAUGCGUCAGCGUCGGUCCCCGCCGGACCGGUGCGGCCGUUCGCGAUGCCACUUCGUUCGUGUUUAUGCUGACCGACAAGGACUCGGGCAAAACGCGGUACGGCAUUUGCGUCAACUUUUACCGACCGAUGGAAAAGUACGUGCCCGGGGUCGGUGGCACCGGCAAUCCCUCCGGCAGUCGGAAAGCUCGCAACUCGACUUUCCGGCGGGAAUCGUGGCGAAAGAGUAUGGAGAAGAGUUCCGAUUCGGCCUUCUCAAGUGACUAUAGAGGUAGCAACGUAGGACCGAGUGAUUCAUCGGAUAGAGAUUGUCCAAGCCGGAGAGAUUCGGAUCCUCCGAAUAACUCCUAUUACGGAGGUUCUCAGCAGCAGCAGGCACGGCUCGGCGUGACGGGACCGUCCGGUGCGGAUUCGGAAUCCGGAGGGAGCCACUCGCCAUCGCCGCGGGCCUCCCGGAAGCGUUCGAAAAUCCGCAGUCAUUCACUCACAUCGCUGUGUAUUCUUUCGCACCACCCGUUUCUGUCGACCUUUCGGGAGUGUUUGUUCAUUUUGAAGAAGCUGAUAGAUGCCUGCAACGAUGCUUCCAGUCCGAAGCGGGUGGGAGCCUCGCGGCAGAGCAGCCGAGAUAGCGUGUGGAACGUGCUAACGAGUCAGGUUACGGACUCGACUCCGUCGAUCGUGCUGCACGAUGUGAAGGAAAUUGAAACCUGGAUAUUGAGGUUGCUGUCAGCACCGGUUCCUGUGCCAGGUUCGACCAGAGUGGAGGUGGAAGUUUUGUCCCCAAUCAUCCACCAGCCGCUGGUGUUUUCUCUCCCGGAUCACACCAGAUUUUCGUUUGUGGAUUUUCCACUGCACCUUCCCCUGGAACUACUCGGUGUUGAAACGUGCCUCAAGGUGCUGACACUGAUCCUGCUUGAACACAAAAUUAUCAUUCAGUCACGGGACUAUAACGCACUUUCGAUGUCAGUGAUGGCGCUGGUGAACCUCAUUUACCCUCUGGAAUACAUGUUUCCGGUGAUUCCACUGUUGCCAACCUGCAUGGGAAGUGCCGAGCAGCUGCUGCUGGCACCAACUCCGUUCAUCAUUGGACUUCCAGCAACCUUUCUACUUUAUAAGAAAAAUUUCCGACUUCCGGACGACAUUUGGCUGGUAGAUUUGGACUCCAAUCGACUUACCCCGGCAUCCGGGGAUGCCGAACAAGUACCGCCUCUACCGGAACCGGAAGGAACCAUUCUAAAGAACCAUUUGAAACAGGCUUUAAGUUCAAUGUCAACAAGCAAUCAAGCUGCAGCGGCAUCGUCCAGUCAGCUCUCGCAGCCUGGAUCGACUCGUGGAAGCUUCAGCGGACCAAACACUGCUCCUCAAUCUUUCCCUCAGCCUUUACAAGUGCCCGGAUCAGGAAGCAAUAGCCAGCGGAGUUCGUUCUCCGGUGCAGCAGGAGGAACACCCCGCCAGCCGAGCCCGGUCGGCCAACCGCCCCCGAAUCCGUUCCUCUACGGGACGGAUGUCGACUCGGUGGAUGUGGCGACCCGGGUCGCAAUGGUGCGAUUUUUCAACUCCCAGAAUACGCUGGCCAACUUUACGGAACACACGCGAACGCUGCGCCUAUACCCGCGGCCCGUGGUAGCCUUUCAGAUCAACAGUUUCCUGCGCUCGCGACCCAGGGCUUCCGCAUUCCUUAACCGAUUCGCUCGGACGCAAGCUGUUGAAUGGCUCGCCGAGUGGUCCCUGACGCCCACUAAUGUAGCCUUCCUGAGGGUUCAAACGGGUGUGCUUGAUCCCUCGCAAGUCGGCGACAAACCAAAAUGGUACGCACAUACUCUAACACCGAUCAAAUUUCCCGUUUGGGACGAAAGUGGCUCCCUCAACGGUGCCCUGAAAGGUCUCCAACAGCUCGAACAUCAACCGACCGACGAAAGUGGAUCCGACUCCGAGGGUGCCGAAAGUACCAGCUCCUCGUAUUCCUCCCUGAGUGACUUCGUUUCGGAAAUGGUUUCGUCGGAUCUUUCGCCUAGUUUACACGACGUCUACGGCAACCAACAUCAUGUGCACGUUGCGCCGAAAACCAUGUCCUCCAAUCUCGAUCCGAAGCUGGUCUAUCGACCGCCGAGUUCCUUACGCUAUCCGGAAGGCAUGAAGCCUCCCAAGCCGGAAGCUGACGAUGCCGAUCGGCCGGAUUCGCCGGCAUCGACUUCAUCCAGCCGUUCGGAUCUCAGCAGUCCGAGCUUCAAUCGAGAUUCGGAGUUUGAGUUCAAUCCAAAGGCGCGCAGCGAAGCACAGAUUCCGGUUAAGCCAGCCAAAGAGCAAGGUAGCUUCGAAAACGAAUCGGAUUCGAAUUCGACUACCACACCAAAAACCAUUGUAUCGAAAGAGAGCGGAGGGUCGCUGGAUACGGACGCCAAGCGUGGUAGACUAGGAAAGAUCCCUCCUCCGUUGUCACCGAAUCUCGCGAAGCAACAAAGCGGAAGUAAUAUCCUAGCUAGAACUUCCAGCUCCGGUUCUACCGGCUCGAGCAGUCAUCCUCCGUCACUGGGUUCUGCCGGGUCACAGCGUCAAAGUUCGCAAGGAUCACUGUUCGAGGUGCUGACAUCACAGGCGAAAGAACUGGUACGUGAAACGACACGACAAAGCAGUCAGGACGGCUUACUAGCGCACGUAGACAAGUUGAAAGAACAAGCCAAGGAGCUUAAAGAGCAUGCCGAAGAGGAGAUGAAAAUUCUCGCUCCUUUGGAACAGCUAACGCUUCAAGCGAAAAAAGCCGCGGAAGAAGCCUCGAAGCAAGCACUGGAAGCAUCCAAGCAAGCCGCUGGUGUUAGCAAGAAUACCCUUGACGAUCUGACCUACGUGGGCAAAUCGACGUUCGGUGAUUUAACGAAAACGGCCAAGGAAGCGGCCGCCAAGAAAGGUUUACUCCAUCAGACUGGCGGCCAACCCGGUGCCCCCGGUGGUUCGCAGACGGUUUCUCCGUCGGGCAGUGCAAUAGCAACCACCAACUCGUCACUCUUUUCUUCGAUUACAAGUGACUUCAACGGAAUUGCUCAAUCAACUUCCAGCAUGUUUUCCGAUUUGUUCAGCAGCAAGCAGAGCAAACAGGCGGGUCAACAGCAGCAAGCGCAGGCACGCUCCGCCGCCGGAGGUUUGCAACCGGCUCAGGCUCAAUCGCAGAGCAAAAUCAAAGAUAAGCUAUCGUUCGAUCCGUUCCCCGGGCGGAAGGGGCUGGUCGAGCGAACACCGCUGAUACGGCACUCCGGUCCGAAGCAAACGCAGGAGGAAAUUCAGCGGCUGCAAAAUGCGGAACGUUCGUCCAGUAAUUCGGAGAAUCAAGCCUUCCUGAAGGAUUUGGUUAAUCAGGUACUCGCGGGCGAGGGUGUUGGGUGGCUCAAGUUGAAUCGGUUGAAGAAACUGAUGGAGGAUGAGUCCUAUCGGAUGCUGGUGCUUGGGAAGCUUAACCGUACGCUGGAGAGGAAGAUUGGACCGGAUGAUCAUAUCGAUGAUGUGUGCAUAUCGAAACCGGUGUACAAGGGAACGCUCAAGUGCUUGCUGGCGAUCACUCAUGGGCUGGAGAAUACGGUAGGGAAUUUCGGACUCGGCGGGAUGGCGUCCGUGUUUCAAAUGAUGGAAAUUGCUCAUACGCACUACUGGAGUAAGGAUUUGACGGAUAAUACGGCCGAUAUGCCUACCAGCUUGCUGUCGAGCCGGUCGGUCAGUCCUAUGGGAAGCCGGGAGAAUCUGCGCUCGCCUCAGAGUCCUGCCGAACCAGCGGACUGGAGCUCUACGGCUGGUUCCCGCAAGAACUCGACCAUACUGAACGAACCUGUGAUAUCGCGGCGACCUUCCGAGCAGGAGAACGAGAACCAAUCGACGACGGAGAUGUUCAAGGACAUGUUGACGCAGAAGCGCAACAUGCUGCUCAGCAAGUUGACUUCGUUCGACUCGGAGCCCGGUGGUGGAGUUCACGGAUCAACCGGUGCACUGUCCGUGGCCAGUGAUGUGCUGCCCCAGCAGCAUUCCGGCGGCUCGUUGAUACCAUCGAUAUCUUGCCGAUCAACGGUGUCCGAUACGGAGUACGAGAGACACCCCAAGGGAUCGUCGACUUUGAAAGAUGCGAAGAAGAUGGCCGGAGGCCUGUUCUCCGGUAAAUCUUCGUUGAGCGCCGGGUUCCGCUACACGGGCGGGAACUUGAUACCGACAUCGAACUCCCCGUCGCCGGAUGCACCGCGGGUGUACCUAUUCGAGGGGCUGCUCGGACGCGAGCGUUCCAACGUUUGGGAUCAGAUGCAGUUCUGGGAGGACGCUUUCCUGGACGCCGUAAGCCAGGAGCGGGACAUGAUCGGUAUGGACCAGGGACCGGGCGAAAUGAUGGAACGGUACAAGUCUCUGUCGGAAUCGGAACGCAAGCGACUGGAGCAUGACGAGGAUCGUCUGCUGUCGACGAUGCUGUACAAUCUGACCGCCAUAUUGGUGAUGUUGAACUGUAAUAAGUUGGAGAUUAAGCGCAAGAUUCGCCGGCUGUUGGGUAAAAGUCACAUCGGGCUGAUCUACGCUCAGGAGGUGAAUCUUUUGCUGGAUCAGAUUAAUAAUUUGCACGGUAAUGACAUAGACUUGAAACCGCUUGGGUCAAGGCUGCUGCACCGACAGAGCUUUACCGUUCAUCAAGGAGUUGAUGCUACGGGUCCACUGAGAUUUAUGGAAGUUCGCGACGAUGGAUUGGUUCUGCGUUCGGUCAACGGAAGCAUAGUGGAGCGUUGGUGGUUCGAGCGAUUGGUCAACAUGACGUACUCACCUAAAACACGUGUUCUUUGUCUGUGGCGCCGGAAUGGUGGCCAGACUCAGCUGCACAAGUAUUACACCAGAAAGUGCAAGGAGUUGUAUACCGCUAUCAAAGAGGCAAUGGAACGAGGAGGUUGCACCGGCCAAGGGCCGGAGCUGGGCGGUGAGUUUCCGGUGCAGGAUCUGAACACCGGCGAAGGAGGACUAAUGCAGAUCUGUCUCGAGGGAGUAGGACUUUUGUUUGCCAAUAGCAAGUUUUUCAUCCGGCUGGAGCAUAUCAAAAAGUGUUUCACCCAAAAGGGAGGAGUUUUCAUACUGGAGGAGUACAAUCCUAAAACUCGCCAGUUGAUCCAGCGGAAGUUCCAGUCCAAUUUGGCCGACGACAUUUGCUAUUCGGUUCUGUGCGUGUUCUCGUACGUAGCCGCCGGGCAGGAAUGGCAGAAGAAAUACCCGGCAAUCAGCGUAGCCGGUCAAGCGAGUCUUGGCGCGCAGCAGAUGCCAUCGGUGACGACGACCGCCGCCUCCAAUCAACAUCAUCACCAGCAAGUGACGCAUCAAGCCCCUCCGGCAGCUAAACUUGCCACGCAACCUGUUCAACCGCCAACCCAGAACAACCAGCGGGUGCAGCAAACGCAUCUCCCACCGCAAGCAUCUCCAAAGCUUCAAACAAUCAUCGGCAAACCCGUUUCUCAACAACAACAAUCCGCUAGCAGCAAAUCUCAACAGCAGCAGCAGCAACAACAACCGCAAGCUCAAAUGAUCGAAAAACCUCAAACGACUGCUCCAGUUUCAGCUCCCCAAAAACAGCCUCCAUCUUUGCCAGCCCGACCCGUACCGACGACAGCAGCUCCGUCAUCAACAUCCACCAGCUCCGGCUCCAGUGAACCACCCAAAAUGAAAGCCCCGGUGCUACCCCAAGCGUCCAGGCUCCCCCAGCAAUCGUCCCUACCGAAUCGGGGUCCACCGCCAGCUAUCCCACCGCGGAUCGGUCUCGGUCAGCGCUCGGGAUCGGUCCAAAUCCCUUCCAGCAGUUCGAUGGCCAGCAGUCCCCUCCGGCAGUUGAAGCGACAAACGUCGGCCGCUUCUCCACCGCAGAGUCAAUCCCCUCCGGGAGCAACGCACCGGGAGCAGCGACUCGCUGGCAACUCUUUCCGAAAAUCCUAAACCAAGUAGGCAGGCGUUCGUUCGGGCAUGCUGUCAAAAUUUCAACAAUGUUUACAAUAACACAAGUUACCAUCAGCAAAAAA